AUGGGAAAGAAGAAGCCGACCACCGGUUCCAGUGGCGAGAUGACCAGCAUUCGCACACUUUACCAAGCGACAAAUAGCGUCGCCUCACAAGUCCAGUCUGUCGAACCACUAGCUAACUAUGCCAACUCAGCCGAGCCCCUGUCUGUUUCAGAAGCAUGCUCUCUCCAUGGUGAAAUCAAGAAGCUCGAAAAGUCCUCUUCCAACAUUCAAGCCGCACUUGAUGCGCUUCAUAAGGCUACGCAUCAUUCUAUUUUUUGCAGACUCAGUUCGUAUGGAAGCUGGAGCGGGAUCGUUCGUAAUAAGAUAUUACCAUAUUUCGAGAAGGAGAUCAAAGACAUUAUUCGCGAUGUCUUAAAUGACAAUGCCGAUACCACGACAUUGUGGAGGGUGGCUGAGGAGUGCUAUGCCCAAGCCACGAAACCUUUUGGAAAACUCGAUGCUGAGAACUACUUCGCUUCACUCGAAGAAGCAUAUCUACAAUCGCCAUACGAUCCGGAUUUCGAGAGCGAAGAGUACUAUGAGCAUGAAAACCGGCUCGACGUGGACGAAGAUUACGCUGCAGCUUUCAAAGACCAGACACAACGCAGAUCCGAUGCCCGUCAGCAAGACCGUGAGGCUUGGCCCAAAUUUUGGAUCGCAGUAUUGAAUAAGGUUCCCGAUGGACCAACUUUGUUCAGUCCACCAGCCCGUUUACGUAUACAAUUAUCGUUUCUAGAGGGCGUCCCACGUUACUUGUUCCGAACCUUCGACGGGGCCAGCUCGGGGAAGAAUGACAGUAGCGUUGUGGCCUCGGUAGCCAGCGUUCUCAUGCCAAGCAUAGGCUGGCACGAUCUUCUCUCAAUGGACGAAGAUCGUGCCACUAAACUGCUGCAUCAGCACCUGAACAAAAGUUGCUUUGGAGGCAGUGGAUCUGAUAAUUUGAUGUCCUGGACAAGCUCGCUUCUCUUCGCUAUACAAUAUGGUAUUUGGAGGGCAAACAUCGGCAGAAUUUCACUCUCUGACGUCCAGAUCUAUGCAGUCGACACCAGUAACUUUCCGAAAGGCCAGUUCGUCCAAGAUGUAUGUUUACUUGAGGCGUAUCGUGCAGCUGCCCAGGGCGCCGGCAAGGACACAAGAGAUUUUUUCCGCUUCCGACUUGAGAAUGACGACUUCUACAAUGGCGAAUACCUUUCUCAGGGACAAGUUAACCAUGCCGGACGAUCAUGUGCAGUCACCCUUGAACACCUGCUGAACUCUGGACUUCGCCAAUUAUUCCCCGAGUUCGAGGAUCCUAAAGGUGCUGAAAAAUGGACAAACCGAGUACUGGAACUGCGAAGGAACUGGUCUUUGGAACAACUCACGACUGACCAAGAGAUUGAACUUGCACUUCAAGUGGCAUGCAGAUGCUUUGAAAAAUACAAUUCAUCCGAGAUCGCUUUAAUUCUCCUGAGUUUCAAGAAUCGCAAGCACUCCAAGCUAGAAUCUACAAGCCCAUUCAAUAGGCGGCCACCAAAAUGGGCCGAAAAGCCCGUGGAAGUCCAUCGAUACUGGAUCGCCACUGAAAGACUUCGUUGCUAUCGUCGAUACUCACAAGCGUGGGUUAAUGGCAUUCUUCUACAACGUCACAAAGCACUGCGAGAGAUUUUCAGCUGA